AUGGAUGGAGUCAAACCAAUGCAAACACCGUUGGCAAUAAAUGUCAAAAUUCAGAAGAUUGGUUCUGAAAAGUUUGCAGACCCAACUUUAUAUCGUAGUGUUGUUGGUGCACUACAAUACUUGCAUCUGAUGUGGCCAGACAUUUCAGUUGCAGUAAACAAGGUCUGUCAAUACAUGCAUGAGCCGUAUGUGGAGCAUUGGGAGCUAGUGAAGCGGAUAAUUCGAUAUUUGAAGCAUACAGUGGAUUAUGGUUUACAUCUCAACUCGUCAAGGGACUUAUAUGUACAAGCAUAUUCGGAUGCGGACUGGGCUGGCAGUCUAGACGAUCACCGGUCUACAAGUGGACAUUGCAUAUACUUUGGUGGCAAUUUGAUCUCGUGGAGUGCAAGAAAACAAAAGACUGUUUCUAAGUCUUCUACUGAAGCUGAAUAUAAAGGAGUUGCUAUUGCCACUUAA